AUGGAAUGGAAAAAUCUCUCCAAAACUCUUCCCAUUGGAUCAAAUUUACUAGCGAGAGGUCUUUCCAAUUUAACAAACUGCAUACACUGUGGAGAACUCGAGGCGGCGAACCACCUUCUCCUCCACUGUGAAUUUUCUCGGCAAGUAUGGAUGCAAGCCCCUUUUAAGUUCAGCAUCGACUCAAGUAUGAUCCUCGAUCUUGUUACAGGGAUAAAAGCUUCAAAAACAUGGAUUUGUGCACCACCGACAGGAGUUUCAUCGGGCCAUCUAUUCCCAUGGAUCUGUUGGGCUAUAUGGGCAGCUAGAAAUCAUUUUCUGUUUGAAAACAGAGUCUUCUCACCGUCGGAUACGAUCACAAAGGCAGUCAGGGAAGCUAUAAAGUGGCAAAUGGCACAGAUGACUGAGAAGCCUUUCUGCCAACAAGACCCUUACAGGAUGGAGGAACCAACCCUGGACUCACGCCAGAUCAUCUGUCAAACAGGUGCGGCAUGA